AUGUCUUCCAAAGCAGUAAACCAGGAGAGGACCAGGAGAGGACCAGGAGAGGACCAGGAGAGGACCAGCAGAGGAGCAGGAGAGGAGCAGGAGAGGACCAGGAGAGGAGCAGGAGAGGAGCAGGAGAGGAGCAGGAGAGGACCAGGAGAGGACCAGGAGAGGACCAGGAGAGGACCAGGAGAGGAGCAGGAGAGGACCAGGAGAGGACCAGGAGAGGCGCGGGAGAGGACCAGGAGAGGACCAGGAGAGGAGCAGGAGAGGAGCAGGAGGAGGAGCAGGAGAGGACCAGGAGAGGAGCAGGAGAGGACCAGGAGAGGACCAGGAGAGGAGCAGGAGAGGACCAGGAGAGGAGCAGGAGAGGAGCAGGAGAGGACCAGGAGAGGACCAGGAGAGGUGCAGGAGAGGAGCAGGAGAGGACCAGGAGAGGAGCAGGAGAGGACCAGGAGAGGACCAGGAGAGGAGCAGGAGAGGACCAGGAGAGGAGCAGGAGAGGAGCAGGAGAGGACCAGGAGAGGAGCAGGAGAGGACCAGGAGAGGACCAGGAGAGGAGCAGGAGAGGACCAGGAGAGGAGCAGGAGAGGACCAGGAGAGGACCAGGAGAGGAGCAGGAGAGGACCAGGAGAGGACCAGGAGAGGAGCAGGAGAGGACCAGGAGAGGACCAGGAGAGGAGCAGGAGAGGACCAGGAGAGGAGCAGGAGAGGACCAGGAGAGGACCAGGAGAGGACCAGGAGAGGACCAGGAGAGGACCAGGAGAGGACCAGGAGAGGAGCAGGAGGAGGGUUUCAGCACUGAGUAUUUUUAGAAGAUGCUUCGUGGGCAAAAGGAUACACCUCUACACCCUCCACACACUUCUACACCCUCCACACACCUCUACAUCCUCCACACACCUCUACACCCUCCACACACCUCUACACCCUCCACACACCUCUACACCCUCCACACACCUCUACACCCUCUACACACCACACACCUCUACACCCUCCACACACCUCCACACACCUCCACACACCUCUACACCCUCCACACACCUCUACACCCUCCACACACCUCUCCACACCCUCCACACACAUCUACACCCUCCACACACCUCCACACCCUCCACACACCUCCACACCCUCCACACCCUCCACACACCUCUACACCCUCCACACACCUCCACACCCUCCACACACCUCCACACCCUCCACACCCUCCACACACCUCCACACACCUCUACACCCUCCACACACCUCUACAUCCUCCACACACCUCUACACCCUCCACACACCUCUACACCCUCUACACCCUCCACACACCUCCACACACCUCUACACCCUCCACACACCUCUACACCCUCCACACACAUCUACACCCUCCCCACACCUCUACACCCUCCACACACCUCUACACCCUCCACACACCUCUACACCCUCCACACACCUCUACACACCUCCACACAGCUCUACACCCUCUACACCCUCCACACACCUCUACACCCUCCACACACCUCUACAUCCUCCACACCCUCCACACACCUCCACACACCUCCACACAGCUCUACACCCUCUACACACCUCUACGCCCUCUACACACCUCUACACCCUCCACAAACCUCUACACCCUCUACACACCUCUACACCCUCCACACACCUCUACACCCUCCACACACCUCUACAUCCUCCACACACCUCCACACCCUCCACACACCUCUACACCCUCUACACCCUCCACACACCUCUACACCCUCCACACACCUCUACACCCUCCACUGA